AUGGCUUAUGAAGAAGUUUUAUUUCCAGUAGUAUUUACCGGUAAAUCAAAUUAUGUGGGUGCGAUGGAUAUUAACAAUAAUCGAACACUCCAUGAUAUUGUUGAAGAGAUUCUUAAAGAGAAAAAUAUGAGAAGUAAAAUUCCAGAUCCUGGCGAACGAUUUAGUUAUGUGGUAGCCAAUCCUGAAAGAGUCUUUGAUUUAUCUGUUAUAAAGCUUAAGCAACCAAAGGCCGAUCGAAUGAAAUUCGUAGAUGUAGCUAAGGAUUUUGAUUAUGCAACUUAUACGGACUUGGAUGAGAAGUAUAAACGAAUUGACACCCAUGCUCAAAACGAGGCCAAGAAAUGGCUUGAGUCGUAUAUUAAGGAAAUGAAUGUAGUUAAUGGAAUCGAUUCUAAAAUGAUGUCUGCUCGCGG